CAAGGAGUACCAAAUGGGUAGGCCAAGGUGUAUGCCGCAGCAGCUCCUUUUCAUCUUAUUUCUCAUUGCUAAUUCCUUCAAUGCCGACGCCGCCGGGGUCAAAUUCGAGCUCAUCCACCGCCACCACCUGCAUCCAGGCGGCGCCCUUCCCCUGCGGAAGCUAGUCCACAGCGACGCCUCUCGCGCGCAAGCCAUAUCAAGGAAAGUGAGGAGCAAAUUCAAUGCUUCCGGUGAACUUCCGUUGCAUUCCGCCGCCGACUACGGCGUGGGGCAGUACCUGGUGAAGCUCAAAAUGGGGACGCCGGGGCAGCAUCUCGUGCUGAUCCCCGACACCGGGAGUGACCUCACUUGGACCAAGUGCAGGUACAAAUGCCGCGGGGAUGACUGCGGCAGGAUAAAGACUGGCCACCGCAGCCGCGUGUUCCACGCAGAUCGCUCCUCGUCAUUCAAGACUGUGCCGUGCUCUUCCACCACAUGCCAGACUGAUCUUGUUGAUCUCUUCUCCCUCGCUAUCUGCCCAUCUCCACUCGACCCCUGCGCCUAUGAUUACAGCUACGUGGAUGGCACGAGCGCGCAGGGCAUAUUCGCCCACGAGACCCUCACGUUCAGCCUCACCAAAGGGAGAACGGCGAGUCUCCGCAACGUCCUCAUGGGCUGCAGCGAGUCCUCCACCGGCCGGAGCCUACUCGGCGCGGACGGCAUAAUGGGACUGGGAUACAGCACCAACUCGAACGCCGUCCACGCCGCGGGCGCGUUCGGGGGCAAGUUCUCGUACUGCCUCGUCGACCACCUGAGCCCGAGAAGCGUCUCGAGCCACCUCAUCUUCGGCUCCUACAAAGACGCCAACGUCUCCGUGGCCUGGAUGCGGCACACGGAGCUAGUGCUGGGCGCGAUCGGCACGUUCUACGCCGUCCGCGUCCGAGGCAUCUCGGUUGGGGGGGCGAUGCUCGACAUCCCGGCCGAGGUCUGGGACUUCGGACGCGGCGGCGGCGCGAUGCUGGACUCGGGCACGACGCUCACGGUGCUGACGACGCCGGCUUACGAGCCCGUGAUGGCUGCCUUGCGGGGGUCGCUGCGCGGUUCCCAGCGGGUGUAUGAAGGGGAAGUGGGCCCGCUCGAGUACUGCUUCAACUCGACCGGGUUUGAUGAGAGGGUUGUGCCGAGGUUUAUGCUGCAUUUUGUGGACGGGGCGAGGUUUGAGCCGCCGGUGAAGAGCUACGUGAUCGAUGACACACCCGAGGUGAAGUGCCUCGGGUUCGCGGACGGCGGGGCCGGGCCGGGUGCGAGUAUUGUUGGGAAUAUUAUGCAGCAGAAUCAUUUGUGGGAGUUUGAUUUUGGCAACAGGAGGUUGGGGUUUGGUCCCUCCUCUUGUGCUUAG